AUGGCCCCCUCUGCUAUAGAAGAACAAAUCCCAAUCGAAAAGGCCACCGUCAAGCCAUGGAGCCGACCUGCGCCUACUAAUGAGAAGCUUGAUUGGGCACCACUAGUCGAGAUUGAUCUUUCUCGUUUCGAUGAACCUGGCGGAAAGGAAGAGCUCGCAAAGCAAUUAUACGAUGCCGUGACACGAGUCGGGUUUUGGGUAGUGGUCGGACACGGACUCGACGACGAGCGUAUCCUACGCCAAUUCAGUAUCGGCAAUGCGUUUUUCAAAGAGAAUCUUGAGGAAAAGCGAAGCUUCGAAUGCAAUUUUGCUGAAGGCGAAUAUUUCGGCUACCGUGAAAACUCCAGGUGGAUUGGAGAAACAGGUGUGAAAGACAAUAUAGAAAUGCUCAAUAUUCCCAAAGCCAUCCCUGCAUGGGAUGAUGUUCCUAAACACAGGAUUGUCCGUCAGAACUACGACGAGAUUGCCAGCUUCCAUCGAGAUCUUUUCGACAAGGUCAUCCGCAAGCUGUUUGUCUUGAUGGCGAUUAUCCUGGAAUUGCCAGAAGACCACCUAGUUCAAGCCCACGCCUACGACAAGCGUUCCGAUGACCACUUGCGAUACAUGAUCUACAACACACGCACUCAAGAGGAAUGGGACAAGGCACAGGCGUAUACCAAGGGUGGUCACACGGACUUCGGCAGCUUGACACUACUCUUCUCGCAGCAUGUUGCUGGCUUGCAGAUCCGGGCGUCCGACGGGGAAUGGAAAUACGUGAAGCCUGUUGAAGGCUUCCUUAAAUCGACGAUCCAUCGUGUCGUUACACCUCCCAGAGAUCAGAUCGAUAUCCCCCGUCUUGGGUUGCUCUAUUUCUGUAGACCGGGUGAUGAUACGGUGAUGAGAACUGUGCCCUCGCCUUUGCUUGAACGUCUUGGUCUUCUAACCGAAGAAGAUAAAAACCAAAGCAACCCUGCCCCCACGGGGACUGAGUAUGUUCGAGCUCGUGUUCGGGAUGUUCAUCAUAAAACUGUGAUUGAUCGCAGAGAGAAUACUUCGUUCGAGUUCAAAGGACUGAAAGUGCCGAAUUAUUAUCAGUGA